AUACGAGGAACUGAGGUGGGUAAUAUAGGAGUCCCACGCUGAAAAACAAAAGCACAAACAUACUAAUUGUGCAGGGAAAUGUUUGUUUAUAUGGUCUUUCUAUAUCGCUGAUUUUCACCUAUUGCUGACGGGUCUGGAACAACUUCGGCGGUAGGAGGGGGAUAACUAGCUAAUUUUGGGUUUAUAGUGGAAUACUAUAGAUCUGCCAUAAGAUUUCUUGGGUGAGAGUGAAAGCGUGAGUGUUACGCCUGAUGCGUGAGAGUUGGCAGCCCUGAAUAUUUGGGCCCAUCAAAAAAGUCAAUAUCAAUCCAUCAUGUUCCUACAGAUAGGCUACUUGCCUAAAGUACGUUUACAGUUUAAAAAAAAAAAAAAAAAAAGCUGCUCGCAGGGCAGGGUACACUAGAAGGGACGCCAGGUCUCGCAGAAACUAAGGUUUUGUCGGAUGCAAAUUGGCCAUGAGCCGUAUAAGGAGUCAGUCCUUUCCUUUCACCACGAUAUUGUCAGUGCCUCGGGAAAAUGCGCGCCUGUCUGAACAUGCUCGCCGACCCAGACCGGCGAAAAAACCAUAAAUGUGACAACAGCUAUACAACUCGAGGUGAAUUCCGUGACCAGCAAUCGGCAUCUUAAUCUUAUAAAAGCUGCCUAAAUAUUAUGGACGUCUCUUCAGUUUGCCCUGGCAUCGGCCAGCAACUACUAGACCAUUAUUAGACUAUUAACGCCAGUACCCUCAAGGCAGAUAGGCGCCAGGCUGCAAAAUGGAAACCAGUACAGCAUUACAUCCUUUAAAAAAAAUGUAAGUAAUUGUUUAGACAUCUUUUUAGGUUAAACGUCCUUAUUUGCACAUCGCCAGAUGAUUGCGAAAGUGGUGAGGACUAGUGAGGGUUGAUCAACAUUUCUCGGCCCCCCCCGUCUCAUCCACUAUCGUUAUGGACCACCCCUCAGCACACACGCCCCCGACCUCCCCCAGCAAGGUGAGGGAAUGAAAGGCUCCAGACUUCCGCGGAACCAUCGUUUCAGACAGCUACGUGCAGGUUAUUUAUAUCACAGAAGCGAGCACGAUUACUCCGUUAAUGUAAUAAAUGCACUUAAACGGAAUGGUUUACUGAAUUACCGGCGCCCCUAAACCUGGAGUCUCCCGCAAGUCCGAAGUGGACGGAGUGUAAGAACAGAGCCACCUUCCUCAGUUUUGAAGCCGUUACUAAGAAAUGGCCAACAACAUAUCCUGUGACCGCAACCAGUCCAUGGCCGCCUUCUAUGACCUCCACCAAAAGGAACUAAACUGGACUGACACGCAGCUGGUGGUGGUGAGGUCCUUUGGUUCUCUGCUCUGCAGCUUCAUCCUGGCGUCAAACGGGCUGGCCGUCGCUGCUGUGGUCAUCAACCGCAAGUUUCACUUUCCCUUCUACUAUCUCCUGGCCAAUCUAGCGGCGUCGGACUUUCUCGCCGGAAUAGCAUAUAUCUAUCUGAUGUUUAACACCGGCCAGGUGUCCCGAACGCUGACUGUGAACAUGUAUUUCGUGCGACAGGGAUUGCUUGAUAUUAGCUUUUCGGCGUCCCUGGCUAACCUACUGAUCAUAGCGCUGGAGCGCUACAUCGCCAUCAUGAGCUGGAGGCUUCACAGCGGCCUCACCAAGCGGCGGGUCUCCCUGCUGAUCAUGCUCGUCUGGGCCGUCGCCCUCUUCCUGGCCGCUGUGCCCAGCCUGGGCUGGAACUGCCUCUGCAACCUCGAGGACUGCUCUGCGCUCGCUCCCAUCUUCAGCAAGAGCUACCUCGUCUUCUGGUCGCUGUCGAACCUGGUCGUGUUUUUGGUCAUGGUGGUGAUCUACACACGGAUGUAUGCGUACGUGAAGAGGAAGACCGUCGCUCUGUCCCCGAAUACCAGCUUAAACCGCAGGAGGAUGCCAAUCAAGUUCAUCAAGACGGUGAUGACGGUUCUAGGGGCCUUUGUAAUCUGCUGGACUCCUGGAUUAGUGAUCCUUCUGAUGGAUGGCAUUAACUGUCAGAAGUGCCAGGUGCUGAAGUUCAAAACUUGGUUUCUUCUCCUUGCCACCCUCAACUCAGUGAUGAACCCCAUCAUCUACUCCUACAAGGACAAGGACAUGUGGAGGACCAUUAAAAACAUCAUAUGCUCUUUGGCUUGCCUCAGGCACAGGGGCCGGCCAAGGAAUAGCCAGCGGGGCCUGAAGCCCCAUUCAGACACUCUUCCCAUCCAGGAAAUGGGAAUCGAGAGCCAGUGCUCGGUCGAGGAGAAACUUCAGGACUGAACCUACCGUGAGCCCGAAAGGGAACAAGGAAAUGUUAACCCUUCUGUUCAAUCGCUUCAGAUGAAUUUGGACCCAUUGGCCAAAGACAUGGCCUACUGGAGAUGCAUGGUGUCUAAAUUGCCUUGGAAUUUGCUUUUGAUGGCUUAAAGAACUGCCUUCAGAGAAUUUUGAUGGGGGUAUCAGUGCUUGAAGUGGGUCAGUGCACACCAGUACACAGUACCAGCACCUCUUUGUUUUUCUCUUCAGAGUACAGGCAUCUCUCAGUACCUGCUGGUACUGAAUAGCAAGAGGAAUACCGGUACCUGGCAUUGACUAAUAAGUGGAGUACCGGUACCUGGUACUGAACGACAAGGAGAGUACCAGCACCUGGUACUGAAUGUCAAGUGGAGUACCAGUAUCUGGUUCUGAAUGACAAGGGGAGUACCAGUAUCUGGUUCUGAAUGACAAGAGGAGUACCAUCACCUGGUACUGAAUAACAAAGGGAACCUGUUUUGCCUAACUACAAGUACUGGGGGUGGGGGGAUGGUUAUAGAUUUCCUUUUAGGAAAUAGUUGGGGGGGAGCUUUUACAAAACAAACUUUGCAGAUGUUUUCAAAAAUUAUUCUAUUAUUUUUAUUAAUUUUGUUAUAGACAGACUUCAAUUUAUAGUAAAUAUCAAUGGGUUCCACAAAUGUCAAUCCGCCUUACUUAGAAAAUUACCACAAUCACUACUAUCACAAUAUACAGGGUUUCAUUUUGAUACUGGUAUCUUUGUUGUGCUCAUCAUACCGCCUACAGAAGUUUUGUAAGAUGUAAAUGUUUGAGUGAAUCAGUGUGUGUUGCAGGUUGACCCUGAAAACACAAGAAAAGUCAUUGAUCAGUUCAGCAGAGUCUAUAUUAGCUGAUGUCCUGCCCUGGUUGCUCCCCUGUCUUGGGCCCUGUGCAUUCUGGGAUAGGCUCCAGGUGCCCCCAAGACCCUGACCAGGAUAAGCGGUGUGAAGAUAGAUGGAUGUCAGUUCUAACCACAUAGACUAAAACCAGUUGUUUAUUCCAUUGGUUCUAUGUGACCCAAGUCUGCAUGGAACAUUAAACUCACGUACUAAUAGGCCUAGUUAUUGUCAUACUCUCCGAUGCUUCUGGACUCCUGUCGGGUAACUUUGAGGAUGCCGUUAUCAAGGUGUGAUCUGUCUUGACUGUCUUCCACACUUCUACAAAAUUCAGGUGCUAUUUCAAUGAUUUAUCUCUUGAAACUUCAGCUGCAAACAAUGUGGCAGGUUUAUUAUCACGACAUUGUCCUGGUCUAGCAUGUCAAAAAACAAUCUCCCUGUGGACAUUGUAUGGAGGGGUGUGUUAUGACUUCCGAAUAUGAGAAUCGUAUGUAACCUGAAGCCUAAACUGAAACUGUAUGCUUCUGGGCCAUAAAUGAGUCACUGAAAAGUAGCCCCAAAAUAUGGGUAUUCAGUCCAUUAAAUGCUGCUCAGGGACAACA